AUGGUGAAGCCGGAUGACUGCGUGAGCGUGGGGAAGGGAAGCGAUCCGAUGAAGUGGAGCGCGGAGCGGCUGUGCGCGACGGCGCUGACGCCGACGCCGGAGGGCGUCGAAGGCGCGUUGUCGAGGCCUCGGCCGGUGCAUCGGUUGGACGAACUCACGGGAGGAUUGCUGGUGUGCGCGAAGACGCGGAUGGCGAUGACGGCGCUGUCGGCGGCGUUCGAGAAGCGAGAAGUGCGGAAAAGGUAUCGGGCGGUGCUGCGAGGACGCGUCGAAUCGAAGAAGGGGGUGGUCGACGUCCCGCUCGGCGGUCUGGAGGCGCUCACCGAAUAUAGCGUCGUGCGCGAGUACGAAAGCGAGGAAUACGGCGGUAUCUUGACGUUGAUUGAUUUUUUCCCGAAAACUGGGCGCACGCAUCAGCUUCGGCGCCACGCCAAAGCGCUCUGCGCUCCCAUCCUCGGCGACGUCAAGUACGAUUACGCGUCGCGCGCUCACGAGGACGGCUUGUUUCUGUGGGCCACUGGUAUCGUGCUUCCGCCGAGCGCCACGCCUUGGCGAGGAGAAGAUUGUGGUGAAUUAAUUGUAGACAUAGAAGAGGGCGAGAAGUUUGCGCGCGUGCUCGCACGUUGCCAAGAACUCGCGUAG